AAAGGCAAGCGAUAGUCUUUCCUCCUCCGCGAACUCGUUCGCCAUUUUGUUCCAGUUUUUCUGAGUGACCUACAUUCAAUAGACAACCUGCAACGUAAACAACAGUUCAGCUUUCUUCAAAAAGGAAAAUAGCAAGGAGCAACAUGAGUAGUAGCAGUCGCGUCUUCAUCGGCCACCUGAGCACGCACGCAAGAGAAAGAGACGUGGAGAAAUUCUUCAAGGGAUAUGGACACAUAAGAGAGAUCAACUUGAAAAAUGGAUUUGGUUUUGUGGAAUUUGAUGACCACAGAGACGCUGACGAUGCCGUGUAUGAGUUGAACGGGAAAGAAUUGUGCAGUGAAAGAGUUACCAUUGAGCACGCCCGGUCCAGGAGAGGAAGAGGGGGUGGUCCCCCUGGAAUGGGACGUUUUGGUGGAGGAGGAGGAGGCGGCGGCGGUGGGGGUGGUGGUGGUGGUGGCGGCGGUGGUGGCUUUCGCCAAUCGCGCAAUACCAGAUCUAGGUAUGGUCCUCCUAUGCGAACGGAUCAUAGACUUAUUGUGGAGAACCUCUCGUCCCGGGUCAGCUGGCAGGACCUCAAAGACCUGAUGAGAAAGGCAGGUGAAGUUACAUUUGUGGACGCACACCGACCCACUAAAAAUGAAGGGGUGGUUGAGUUUGCAUCUCGCUAUGAUCUGAAGAAUGCCAUCUCUAAACUUGAUGGAACGGAACUGAAUGGGCGCAAGCUGAAGAUGUUUGAGGACAGUAGGAGGAGCCGUUCUCGCAGCUACUCCCGUUCCAGGAGCCGCAGCCGCUCUAGGAGCCGUUCCAGGAGCCGCAGCCGCUCCAGGAGCCGCUCCAGGAGCCGCUCAAGAUCUCCUAGCCGCACCCCAGAGAAGAAGACAUCAGGGGGGAGCAAACCUGCAGCCAAUUCCCCAUCCAGAUCUAAAUCUCGCUCCAAGUCUCGUUCCAAAUCUCGUUCCAAGUCCCGUUCCAAAUCUCGUUCCAAGUCUCGUUCCAAAUCUCGUUCCAAGUCCCGCUCCAAAUCUCGUUCCAAGUCCCGCUCCAAGUCUCGUUCCAAGUCUCGCUCCAAGUCUCGUUCUCCUGCUCCUGCUCAAAACGGCAAAUCUCGCUCCAGAUCCCGUUCCCGGUCUCGUUCACGUUCCCGCUCUGCCUCAGCAGAUAGUAAAAACUAAGAUGGGUGCUGCUGUAAGUCAUAAAAUAGAUUCAGAGUAGUUUCUUACGAGCCUCACUAGUGGCAUGUGUAUUUGUGGAGGAAAUACCCUUACUGGCGGGUCUUUUGAAGACAGAAAAAAUUUGUAUAAAUUUGGCUUUUUUGUGCUUUUAGUUGAAUCUUUGCUUGAGUAAAAUGAAUCCAAACAUUAGAUAUUUCUGGCCCCUUCAAAUCAGUGGCGAUACCCAUUUCUGUUCAACAUUUGCUGCCCGAUGUCUCUUCUCAAUCUAGUUUGUGCUUUCCUGAUCUUUGUGGGAACACUAUUGUUUCCUUAAACUGUUGGGAAUGAUUUUGGUAAUAAAAACAUUGAUGGCUUCAGUCUUAAACAUAAAUCAUUCUUCUGAUGAGGCAUUCAUCCAUUUUUGAACUAGUCAUUUGAAUUUUGAAUGUGUGAGCAGUUCAGCUGGAGAUUUUUCUUAUUUUCGAUUCAACGUGUGGCUAUCUGGAAUUUAGUUUUUCAAAAUGUCUUAUUUUAGUCAGUGUUUUGGCUAACUUCUUUACUUUUUUUUUCUGGGAACCUGAGUCUGAGUUUGCCUGUAAAUGUUGCAUAAUUAGAUGCUAAUGAAUCUAUAUAUAGUAAAAAGAUUUUUGUUUACUGUGUGUUUAAAAAAAAAUCACACAAUGUGUUGGCAUUUAAACUCAAAGCUUUCAUUAACCGUGAUAUUUAUCAAUCCCUGUCCUACACUUAUUGUGCAGUACAAAUGUAAACUGAGUUAGCUUUCUUUUUCCUUUGUUAUAAAAAAAACAUUAAACUUCAGUGUAAAAAUA